AUGGCUUACGACAUAAGGUCGAACAUUUUGGGCCUCAUCUUCAGGACAAUAAGUGACAAAGCUCUUCAGUAUCUUUUACGACCUCAGAACGUUCAGGAAUGGCUAUCGAUAAUGUUCAAAAGAAAGGCUGUUUUUCUUCUUUUGCUGGCGUACGCCGCGACAGUAGCUCCAGAAAGUCGGCUACCAAGUGCAAAAAACCAAUUUGAUCAACAAGAUGGCGAACUCCUGAAACUUCGAGAAGACGAGCAAGCUGUGAAUGAUGAAGACGGAAGAUUUCUGGACGAAGACAAUGUACUGGACGGAACUCCUCACAUGGAUUUUCAGAGCAAAGAAGAAGCGUCACAGAGCCAAACCGUCAACGAAGACAAUGUGCCGACCACAAACGAUGACGACGAAGACAAGGCGUCGACCACAAACGAUGACGACCAAGACAAGGCGUCUACCACAAACGAUAACAAAGAAGUCGAGGAAAUCGAAAAAAACCCUCCGGUAGAACCAGCCGAAUACACUAUUUCUGAAGACAAGAGAGAGGACAUGUUUCGUCAAAUUAUCAAAGAAGAAAGGACCCCCUCUACUGAUGAAGAUGAUGGCGAUUAUGAAGAGCCUGACGACGACCAGCCUGUCCAUCCAAGCCAUUACAGCGUCCCUGAAGACGAAAUCACAAGCGCCAAUGAAGAUGAAGAUGAUGAUAAAGAUGAAAAAGAGGAUGAAGAUGAACUUGAAUAGGAAGAGGACUGGAGUAAGAAGAAGACGAAGAAGAAGACAAAAGAGAAGAUUAAGUCAAAGACGUUACAACGACGGGGACUUUUCAAGAGACAAUACAAGCCGUGGUCGAGAUGGAAAACAUACUCUGUACCGAGAGAGCGGGAAUUUCCUAAUUACUGGCAGACCAAAUGUUGCGGAGGUUGUCUUACAGGGUGUGGCCCGGUUGCUUGGGCAUCAGUAUUUGGCUAUUAUGAUCGGUUAGCUCACAUCUCUCCCAAGUACCACUUCAGCAAAGAGCUUUACCGCUGCCACAACGGUGUUUGGGGCUCCCCGAAGUGCGUAGCACCUAAAAAGGUCACUUGGACUGUCCGAAAAUACAUUGAAGCCAUCCGCAAAGAAGUAAGAACCUAUUGCAAGAAGGGCUUGGGUGCGACCAACGCAAAAGGUAUGGGAAAAAUCCAACCUUGGUACCGAGCCAGACAGGGUUACGAAGCCUACAUCUCCAAAUAUUGGAAAAAGCUCUCUUAUAAUCUUGGCUGGCCACGGCCUUGGAUCAAACACAAGGCGGCUAAUGCCAUCAAGAAGGGCCUUCCAGCGGUAAUGGCGUUCCACACGAA